AUGGAGGGAACAGCGGAGGGAACAACAUUUGCAGUGGGAAAUUUGAAAUUGAGAAAUGGAGGGAACAAUGAGGCUGGAUCCUCUAUUUCUGAAUCCACUGCAGCUCAAGGACAAGCAUCUGAUGAUGAGGAUGGGAGGCAGGAUGGGGACCCAUGGAUACAGGACCCUCCUCUCGAUCACAAAAACUUAAAAGAUUCCCAAGAAUCGAGCCCCGAGGCAGUGAAGCACGUGAGUGGUACAACAGAAGAUAUGGCACAGUCCAUGAAAGAAAUUCAUGAGCAGGCUAUUCAUUUGAAGUUUUUUUUGUCUCUGUUGGGAGUUCUGAGUAAUUUUGCUGCCAUGGAUAAUCCUUUGUUUGGUGGGUCUUGGGGUCGAUUCCCUGAAAGGCGAUCUUAUCAAAGGCCGCAUUAUUAUCAUCCAAACCCUUACGCUGCAAAUUCGUUCGCCACUCCAGUAAAAUCGGAGACCACGUCCAAGGUAAAGGCCAAGAAGGUCGUCUCAAUUCCAAUCAAUUUCGUCGAUUCUGAGACACCCAAAUCCAAAAAGGCGCCCGCCAUGGACGAAAAUACAGCGGCUGUAAAAAUUCAAUCGGCUUUCCUAGGGUUUUGUGUGAGGAAGUCAAGGCCUCUGAACAAAUUGAGGGUUAUAAUGAAAACCAAGGCAGAGGCUGCAGAAAUUCGGAGGCGUGUGAAUGACGAACAUGUUGUGGAGUUGAUUAGAAGAGAUGAGAAGGAGCGGAUGAAAAUGACGGAGUGGAUCAUGUCUGUACUGCUUAGGCUAGACGAAAUUCAGGGAGUGAUUCCUUUUGUGCGGGAAUCAAGAAAGGCUGUGAUUCGUGAGCUGGUUAACUUGGAAGAGACUGUAGAUGACAUAAUUGCAGCCAAACCCAGGCAAGAUGCUGCUACAGAAAUUUCAGUAACUCCUGAAGCGACAGUGGAGGAUUGCACCAUUGUUGAAGAAAAUGGAUCUGCAAGGUGCUUGGAGGAGAAUCCCAAUGAGGAAUUCAAGAGGAAGGAGUUGCCAGGGGGAGCAAUUGAGGUCUCUGUGAGUAGUGAAAAAGUAUUAGCAGAGGAGUCUUUGCCUUCUCCAAUCCAAGAUUUGCAAAUUGAGGGUUCCCCUGAAGAAGACAAUAAUAACAUUGGAGUAGAAGAUUUUAAACAGAGCUCUUCUGAAGCUGGAAAAAUUGUGUCUGGCACAAUGGUUGAUGUUGUUGAUAAAGAUGCAGAGAAUUUGAAAAGAAACAAAGUUGAAAGCCUAUUCUUGGAGGCCGAUCCAUCACCUGCAAUCCCUUGCACAGAGGAAGGUGUUCAAUUAGGAAAUUCAAGGGAUGAUGAAGAUGCAGGGGAUAAGAUGAGAGAGCAAGUAAAGCCCAUUGAAGAUAUUGGCUUGGCAAGAGAAGAGAAUGAGAAAUUAAUGAGGAGUGUAUCUGAUCUGUUCAAGAAAAGUGAGAAACAGAGUGAGAUUAUUCAUGAUCUGAGUGUGCGAGUUUCACAGUUGGAAGAGCAAGUAUCUCAGUGCAACAAAAAGAAAAAGGUUAGGGAUGGAAAGAAGAAAAGAGAUGCACAUACAAACAACAGGAGGAGAAAAUCUGAGAGAUACUGCUUUAUGGAGGAUUGGUUUUGA